AGAGCACGUCUGUGUGUAAUUUACGGCAGGGUAGUAGUUGUUAAGUAUUUUUCAUGAGGUAUAUGAUUGAGAACGGUCGAUUAUUUUCUUACAGUCGUUGAAACGCGUUUGUACGUUAAGGACGUACGGCAAAUGUAGUUCCGCCAUAAGAAGAAAAAAAUAAAACAAAAUAAUAAAGAAGUGAAAAUAACAAAAAAUAAUUGAUAAAGAGAUAUAAUUUGAAUAAAAUUUUGGAAAUAAUUAUAAAAGAAUUUUAAGAAAGAAAAAUACAAAAAGAAUAUAAAAAUAAGCAUAACAAUAAAAGUGUUCUAAAAAGUUGUGAGCUAUACUAAACAUUGGAAAAAUAUUCAUAUAAAGAAGAAAAAAAAAAUAAUGUCAAGUGCUCAAGUAUCCCAGCCACCAACGCUGCAACAAUUGCAGCAACAUCAACAACAGCAGCAGCAACAACAACAGCAACAUAUUUCACAGUUCCUUAAUCACAUAGCGGCGGCCCAGCAGCAGCAGCAACAACAACAUCAUCAACAGCAAAUCCAUAAUCAUCAAUCUGAUCUCACAAGCAGCUCACCAUCACACAGUGAUUAUCAUCACGAUUCCAAUACCCGGUCCACAUUGUCGCCACGAUCCCCCAGAUCAGUGCAACAUAGUCCUCAACGUUCGACAAACUCCACACCACCACCCGCCCAUUCCAAUUCCAAUUCAAAUUCCCCCAAACCCCUAACGCACAGUAACAAUCCCCAAGAAGAGGCUCAGCAACAAACAUCACUCAACAACAACAACACCGCCGCACCCUUGCCCUUACUGGUGCAGCCGGUACCCUUGAGCAACGCCAACAUGCAUCAGCUUGCCCACAACACCACAUCUCCCCUCAAUCUAAGAGAUCAACGAAUUUCGUUUCCACCACAAAGGAUCUAUGAAGGUGGCAUACCGCCCCCAGUACCGGCAACACAUCUAGUUCACCAUCCCCCACCACCUCCAGCUUUGGUAAAUGGUGUCUAUCCCAUGGCACGAUUACCUUUAGGUGCUGUUAUGUUAAAUAGCUCCCCAAAUCACGUACCGCCAAUGCCUCCCAACGGCCACUCACAACUGACACCUCCGCCUCCCUCACCCACCACAUCCAUAUCACCGCCUGUCAUCCAUCAAACACAGCAACCGAAAAAAUCAUUUUGCAUCGAUGCCCUGCUGGCCAAAAAUCAAAAUACUCAUGAAUCGCAACAAUCGGCGGCAGCGGCAUCAGUGGAAUCUAUGAAAAAUUCUCACCUGGAUGAUCGUCUUACCGCCGCAAGUCUUCAAUAUGCCCGUGAAAUGUCAGCAGCUGCGGCAGUCGCGGCGGCGGCGGCAUCGGGCGGUAUGUCCGAACAGGAGGCAUUGCAGCGUAUACACGAGUCACGUGAAUACGAUUCGCCGUCUCCCGACGGUAUGUCAAGAUCCGAAUCUCCCACAUCAUCGCAUCGUUCCAGUCCCCCCAUCAGUCCCGGCUGUGAGGAUCAGCAACAUUUGGGCAUGCAUGGCAUGGAUUUGGGUGAUGAAUUUAAAAAGCCAGUGCCUCCUCACAGUCCCAUCAGACCGCAAGAUUUCCCCCUUUAUGCCGGCGGCCAUCCCUAUCAUUUGUUGGCCCAUGGCGGUUCGGCGUUUCACAGGCCUUUAGAUCCUUCGGGAAAGCCAAUACCGAUUCCAAUGGGACAACACUUUAUGCCAUCACAUCUGCAAUUUGAAUUUUUGGCUCGUGCCGGUAUGCUGCAUCAUCGCAUACCCGAACUGGCAGCCUAUCCCCAUCAUGCCAUACUGGGCAAGACACGACGUCCUCGAACGGCGUUCACCUCCCAACAGCUGCUCGAAUUGGAGAAACAAUUCAAGCAAAACAAAUAUCUUUCCCGCCCGAAACGUUUUGAGGUUGCCAGCGGUUUAAUGCUGUCCGAAACGCAAGUGAAGAUAUGGUUUCAAAAUCGUCGCAUGAAAUGGAAACGUUCCAAGAAGGCCCAACAGGAGGCGAAGGAACGUCUCAAACAGCAACAACAACAGCAGCAACAGCAGCAACAGAACUCACCACCCAACACAGUCAGUUAGUUUUUGGCCAAAGAGGCUGUGGGUUUUUACUAGUAUCACCCGCACUACAAUCAGCUAAUGAGUGCAAGCCAGAGCAGUAGUGGUGGUGGUUGUACUUUGCCAGGCACUUCAUCAUUGACAGAAGCAGCAGCAACAACAACAACACCAAUUACGAUAGAAAGAACAGCAGUAACCAAAGAAGAAAUAAGAUGAAAUGAAGAAAAGAGUUUUGUAAAUCCAAUUGCAACCGGUGAUGAUGAUGGCGCUGAUGUGGGUGAGACAUGAAUCCGGCAAAUUACCAAUGCUAGUCACAAAAUUGGUCAAAACGAAACGCAACGAAACAAAGAACAAACAACUACAGUUUUAGUCAACAUAGCCACAAUUAUCCGUCCCAAUUGCCGCUCCUGAUGUUGACCCUAACAAUCUGCCUUGCAAAUUCUAAUGAGGGGUCAUUUAUGUGGUUGUCCUUGUUGUUGCCUCUGCCUCUGCUGCUGCUGCUGUAUGUGGUGGUGUCAAUCCAUGCAAUGGAUAAUGUUGAUAUUUCCUCAUUGUUGUUGUUUUGCUACCAACACCUGAGCCAUUACAUCAAUACACUUAGCCAUGAUUAGGCAACAGCGCAGAGACUGAUGACGUGGUGGAUAAUGGCCAGAGUUUACUUAGCUAAUGAGAUUUACUUAAAUCAAUACCAGAGUAUCCAUGGAGUGUUGGUUGGUGUUGCCAUAUUGUUUGCCAAUGUUUUUGCAAUUAGUUCCAAUUUGUCUGCUGGUGUAUCUAUUUGGAUAUUGAAAGGCAAAACGCAUCGCUGAUGAUGCUGGUGAUGACGAUGCAGAUGAUGUUGUGGAGGUGUAAAAUUGUUUAUUUGUAUUUAGACAAGUUUAGUCAUGCCGCUCUAAACUGAUUGCAGGCAGCAAUGGUCUCAGUGGCAACAAAUCGCAUUAUGUGAUACAAUUGAAUACAAACAACAUCGACAACAAUCCAGAACAAAUUCACAAUAGCAUUGAAAUAUUGCGAUUUUCAAUUCAAUUCUGACACGAACGAACAACACUCGCAUCGCCGUGUCGUCUCGUCUCGUGUGCAUUGUAAAUAUUUAUUGUAAAAAUGAAUGAACAAAAUACAAACUAACUAAAAGUAUUAAUUAAUAUUUGUGUAUUAUUAUUAUUAGUAUUAAAUAAGUCCUAGGUACAAUUUAUUGAAUUUUGAAUAGAAAGAAAACAUAAAGAACAAAAAUAAAACAAAAAUGAAUAAAUAAAAAAUCAACAAUUAAAACAUUAAAAUAUAA